AUUUGCAAAUCAUGUAUCUGAUAAGGAACUUGUAUGCAGCAUAUAUAAAGAACCCUUACAACUCAACAAUAAAAACCCAAUUAAAACUGGUCAAAGAAAUUGAAUAGACAUUUUUCCAAAGAAGAUCUGCAAAUUGCCAAUGAGCACAUGAAAAGAUACUCAGCAUUGUUAGUCAUUAGGGAAUAGCCACAAUGGGAUACCACUUCAUGCGUUUUGGGAUGGCUAUAAUUUAAAAAUGGACAAAAACAAGUAUUAGGAUAUGUUGACAUUGGAAACCCCAUACAUUACUGGUGGGAAUGUAAAUGGAAAACUUCUCUGAAAAACAAUCUGGAAAAUCCUCAAAAGGUUAAACAUAGAGUUAUUCUAAGACCCAGCCUGUAUUUAUAUUGAAAACCUAUUCUAUUCCUAUAUGUAACAAUGUAAAGGGGUAAAUAUUACAGUUUGGGAAGUAUAUCACAAAUAGCUCCUCCUGUGUGGUCUGUUACUGUACCAAAUGCUUAGUACCAUAUGAACACAAAGGGAUGUGAACCCUACCCUCUAGAGCUUCUUGUCUGUUGGGAGCAUGAGGCAUUACAAUGGUGGUAAGUACCACCAGGGAGAGAUACGGGGGCCACUAAGACUAUUAACAGGGGUAUUUGAACCUAGGUCAGCGACAGUUAUCUUAAGGAGAUGAUUUUGCCUUGAGAUCCGAAGGAUGAAUCCAAGUUAUCAAGGCAAAAAUGGCAUUAGAAAAGAGGGAUUACAGGAAGGGGGUGGGGGUGGGCAGCAUGUGUAAAGACUGUCCAGAGAGUCACAGGGUGUUCAGGAAAUGGCAGGAAGGUCAGCGUGGCUGAGACAAAGAAAAUGAUGGGGCCGAGAAGGUCCAGACCUGACUGCAAAACCUCGUCAGUGUGUUACCACUUUGGAAGCUUUUCAGUCUGGGGAGACACAUUCUAAUUUGUGUUUUGAAAAUGUCACUGUAGCUGUGUCAGUUAGAAAAGGGGCAGGAGUGGAAGUGGGAGGGACCAGUGAAGAGUACUCAUGGUCUAGGCAAGGACUGAUAGAGCAACUUGCACCGGACGGUUGGCAGUGGAAACAAGGAAAAGGGGACACAUCCAAAGCCUUUUUAGAAGAUAAAAUGGACACUAUUUGGUGAAAGCCGAGAUAGGGAAGCAAGGGACAGAGGUGUAAGGCAUGGCUCCCAGCCACUGGACUUUGGAAAGUGAAUGAUUUGGAGGGCUAUUUCUAAGCCAGAGAUUUUCCUUCAUGAUACACUUUGUUAUGAACAAGUUGAAGUAAAAUGAAUGGAUUAUUUUCUAUUGGCACGUACCUCUUCUUACCAAGGCAGUCAUGUAUACUACAGAAUUAGGGGAUUUGCUGAUAGCAAAUAUUUGGGGAGAGUACAAAUUUUGGAAAAUCAGACAGUUUUUUUGAUUUGCCAGAUGAAUCUUGCUCUGGAGUCUCUGUUGUCCUAGUCUGUCUCCUGUGUCUUCUUCUAAUGUGUUUGGCCUUGCUGAUCUUCGCCCAGUGCUGUAGGGAUCAUCUGUCAUGUGAGUGUCUUCAUUUUUAUGUAAGUAAUGAAAAUAGACUCUGAAUAAUUUUCUGGCAGGUAACUAACUUCCAAUGAGAAAUAUCUGGACUGAACUUAGUUUUAGCAAUUUCUUAUUUCCUUGGCCAGCCAAAGUCUUAAAAUGCCAAGUUCUUUGGUGAUGCUUUUAUUCUCCAGUUAUGUGGAAGUGAUGGUGUUUUCUUAUAACUUCUAAAAGCCACAUUAGCAAUUUAACACUACACUGAAAUAAAUUUUAAUUUUUUCUAAAAAUGUUUUCAUAUGAUCCCUGAAGAGUUAGUUACUAGGCAUCUACUUGCAUUUUGGAUGCCAGCACACAGAACCAACUGACCAGUAAAGGCCUUAUGAGGAAAAGAGUGUGCAAAUGGGUUGUGAUUUCAGUUAUAACUGUUACAAGAAAGGCAACUUCCUGAUUAUUGGUGUUUAUUGCUAAUAUAUCAGUAAUGGGCAAAUAUUAUAAAUCUAUAAAUGCCAAAUACAGCAAAGCUGGAGGCAAAUUGUAUUAGGAGAAUCAGGACAGUCAUUUAGAGAAAAUCAUAGUGACCUGCCUUUUGCAUUUUUCUCCUGGGGUAUUUUCACUAACAUUUGUUCUCAUGAAGCAACAUACACAGGAAGGAAUCAUGGACUACUGUUCCUAAUUUUUCCAUGAGAGCACUGACGUUCACAUCUGUUUAAAUCAAGUUUCCAUUUUUCUUUCUGGAGUAUAGACAAUCUAAAGAUUAGCUCUUGAUGAGCAUUAACUAUCAUUGUUUUCUAUGUGUACUUACUCUGUUGUGCAUUUUAAUUUCUGAGAAUACUGAGGACAGAACCCAGUACCUGUCUUCAAACCUCAGCUCCACAUUUUACUGGCUGGAAAGAUACUAUUCAAGUCAAAUACAUCAUAAUGCAGAAUUCUUUAUCAGUACCACCAAAAGAUGAAGGUGAAUCAAACAUCCCUUCUGGAACAAUACAGAGUAAGAAGGGUUUGCAGAAUAAGAGUCAGUUUAGGACCAUUGCACCCAAAAUUGUGCCCAAAGUCCUAACGUCCAGAAUGGUGCCAUGUCAUUCUCCAUCACUCUCUGAUCAGGUGAAUCUGGGAUCCUCCUUCAAUUCCAAGCCGCUGGGGAUGUCUCCCCAGAACUAUGCUCUGAUGCAGGUUGCUGGCCAGGAGGGGACAUUUUCUCUUGUUGCUCUGCCACAUGUUGCCUCAGCCCAGCCCAUUCAGAAACCCAGAAUGUCCCUACCUGAAAAUGUGAAACUUCCUAUUCCUCGAUAUCAACCCCCAAGAAAUAGCAAAGGAUCAAGAAAGAAACCCCGCCUGAUCUUUCCUAAGAGUGGCUCUAGCAAAGCUCCUGCCCAAACCCAAAUGUGUCCUCAGAUGUCUCCUUCCCCACCUCACCACCCUGAACUCCUUUGCAAACCCAGUCCAUUCGAGGAAGUGCCAUCACUAGAGCAAGCCCCAGCCAGCAUUGGUACAGCUGCACUGACCAAUGGAAGUGACCAUGAGGACUUGACACCACCAGUGACCAACACCCAUGGCAGUCCGAACCCUCCUCCCACCUCAGCAUCAUCCACACCAGAGGAGCCUGCCAAGCAGGACCUCACAAAUCUUUCGGGGAAAGCAUACUUUGUAAGCAAGAAAACAUCUAGUAAACCUUCUGCUGUUGCCAGUGAAAAACUUAAACAACAAGUUGAUCUUGCAGAAACCAUGACCAGUUUAUCAGCAACCAUUCUUGGCAAUGCAGUUCAGUUUAUCUCUUCAGUCCCCAGAGGGAAACUGCCAAUACCACCCUACUCAAGAAUGAAGACAGCAGAGGUUUACGAAACCAAAUCAGAUACUAACGUCACAGGUUAUUCUUUACCAGGACCUAAGGCAGACUGUGAUAAGAUGCCCUCCACCACAGAAGGCUUUAGUGCAGCCACCAAAGUGGCAAGCAAGAUGCCUGUUCCACAAGUGUCACAGCAGAGUCUCUGUGAAAGUGCCUUUUGUCCACCCACCAAAUUUGAUCUCAGCCACAACACGAAACUGAACAGUGGAGCAGCAAAGAGAAAAGGAAGAAAACGGAAGGUACCAGAUGAAAUGUUGGCAUUUCCAGGAAGAAGGAGGAAAUGUAUCAUUAAUAAAUGUAGAGAUGGUAAAGAAAGAGUAAAAACUGAUCCCCAAGAAUGCAGAGACCAAAAGCCAGAGGCCAUGAAGAAAUAUCGUAGCAUUAUGCCCAAACCUAUCAUGGCCAUAUCCACCUUGGCUCCCCUGGCUUCUCCAACUACAUUGCAAUCCCAGAUGCAUGGGGGCCUAGGUCAGGACGUUUUGUUAAAUAAUUCACUCACUCCUAAAUACCUCAGCUGUAAGCAGGACAACAGCCCUUCCCCUAAGCCCAGCUCUGUGUUCAGAAAUGGAUUCUCUGGCAUUAAGAAGCCUUGGCACAGAUGUCACAUCUGUAACUACCACUUCCAGUUCAAACAGCACCUUCGAGACCACAUGAAUACACACACCAACAGACGGCCUUACAGCUGUCGGAUUUGUCGCAAGUCCUAUGUACGUCCUGGCGGCCUGAGCACACACAUGAAACUUCAUCAUGGCGAGAACCGUCUGAAGAAACUCAUGUGUUGUGAGUUUUGCGCAAAAGUGUUUGGUCACGUCCGAGUCUAUUUUGGCCAUCUGAAAGAAGUGCAUAGAGUUGUGAUCAGCACUGAGCCCGCAACCAGUGAACAGCAGCCCGGAGACAUACCAAAGAACAGAGACCCGAGUGUGCGAGGCGCAGAGGGAUCGUCGGAGAGGGAAAAUAAGUCCAACCUGGAAGAAGACUUCCUUCUAAACCAGGCAGACGAAGUCAAAUUACAAAUCAAAUGUGGCCGUUGUCAAAUUACUGCUCAGUCUUUUGCGGAAAUAAAGUUUCAUUUGCUCUAUGUUCACGAAGAGGAGAUUCAGGGCAGGCUGCAAGAGGGGACCUUCCCAGGAAGCAAUGGGACUCAGGAAGAGCUGGUGCAGCACGCUAGCCCCAGCUGGAAACGGCAUCCUGAGAGAGGGAAGCCGGAGAAGCCUCAUUCCUCCAAAGAGGAGUCACACGCAUGCCCGAGACUGAAAAGGCAGCUCCACCUUCCUCAUCAGAACGGCAUGGAAAUGCUCAUGGAAAAGGAAGGACCCCAGUCAGAAACCAACAAGCCGAGGGAAACCCGCCAGGGCCCUGAGUGUCCUGGCCUCCACACGGUCCUCUCGUGGUCCCAUUCAGGCUUUAACUGCCUCCUUUGUGCAGAGGUGCUGGGGCGGAAGGAGGACCUCCUCCUUCACUGGGAGCACCAGCAUAACUGUGAGGACCCUUCCAAACUGUGGGCUAUUUUCAAUAUGGUCUCCAACCAGGGAUUGAUUGAACUUUCCAGUGAAGCUGAGAAAUGAAACCCCAAGGCGGGCCGGGGUUGAGGAGAGAGCUCUGCCGCCACCUUCCCUCAGAGCUUCAUGCUUUAUGGUGGUGCUUAAUCACAAAGAUCAGACAACACGGGAUCAGCGCGAGUGAGCAGAAGUGAUUUUUGUACGUGGUUUUAUUGUCUUAGGAAAUAAAAUACAUGUUCUCCAAGCAUUUUUUCUAACCAUGUGCUGUCUUAAUUUAAAAUCAUAUGUACUGAUUCUUAAUAUCUUAGACUUUCAGAAUAAAUAAAAAUAUGAAAAUUUGGAAAUUGAAAUCUAGAGGAGUAUAGGCUGUUCUUCAAAUACAGCUCUCAGUGAAAA